AUCCGACUUUUGCAGUUACGACACCCGUUGCGGUGUCGUACCUAUUCAAUGCACACUACAUACGACACCGGCGUGGUUGCGGAGUCGGAUCAAUUCACUAGUUCACACUGCCAGUGUGUGUGUGUGCGCGAUCGGCGCUCGAUAUUAUUAUAUAAUAUAAUAUAUAAUUAUAUAUAGUUAUAUUAUAAUGGACGACCAUCGCAAAAAAAUUGUUUUUGCUUACCUUGUUUACAAGAAGUAUAUUUGUAAACAAAACAGGCGUUAUUGGGUACACCCCUACACGGACUUGAGACUUCUCAGGGGUAGAUUUCAUACUUCUUUCGGAGCUUUAAGAGAAAACCCUGAUAAGUUCUAUAACUACUACAGAAUGUCUGUGAAAUCAUUUGACGAGCUUGCAGCGAAAAUAACACCAAAAAUCAGAUCUCAAGACACAUGGAUGAGACUUUCCAUUCCACCAUUGGAAAUGCUAGCUGUAACUUUGAGAUACUUGGGUAGUGGAUGCGAUCAGAUUGAUCUACAUUUGACAUACAGAUUAGGGCAUACAACAAUCGGAAAAAUUUUAAGAAAAGUUUGCAUGGCUAUUUGGGAAUGUUUACUACCAGAAUCCUUUCCCGAGUUUACGGAAGAACGGUGGAAAACGGUUGCUGAUGGUUUUCAACAAUACUGCCAGUUUCCAAAUUGCUUGGGAGCUAUUGACGGGAAGCAUGUCAGACUUAGAAAACCAAAAAUGAGCGGGUCUCUCUUUUAUAAUUAUAAGCAUUUUUUUUCCAUUGUUUUAUUGGCAAUUGCAGAUUCAAAUUACAACUUCAUAUACAUCGAUGUUGGAGAUUUUGGAAAGGAAUCUGACAGCACUAUAUUUCAACGGUCUUCUUUCAACAGAAAGCUCGAAGAAAAUACAUUGAAUAUUCCAAGACCACAACCUCUACCAGGUACUGCAACAAGGAUGCCAUAUACUUUUAUUGGCGAUGAGGCUUUUUCCCUCUCACCAAAUAGUAUGAGGCCAUUCAGCGGCAAAGUUUUGUCAGAAAAAAAAAGGAUAUUCAAUUAUAGAUUGUCACGUGCCCGAAGAAAUGUCGAAAGUACUUUUGGAAUACUAUCUAAUAAAUAGAAAAUUUUCCAGAAACCUAUAAAUGUUAAUUUAGAUUUGGCCAUUCUUCUUAUCAAAACUUGCUGUUCCCUUCAUAAUUUUGUAAGAGUUAGAGAUGGAAUCAAUAUUCAUGAAGCAUUGAGUGUGGAAGGUAUCAUUGAUAUCGUCCAACGUAACCAUACACAAAGAGGACCGAAUCAAGCAAUUCAAGCUAGAAAUGAGCUAGCAGAUUAUUUUGUAUCUGAGGUUGGCAGUGUUCCUUGGAAAAACAAAUAUAUUC